GCACGCGUCUGCCUAAUUCCCUUUCUUCUUCAUUCGUCUUCUUCAUUGCGCUGCCUCCAUCGAACCUCCAAAUUUACCACGCUAUGCAUUCAUGCAUCGCUGCAUUUGACGAUGCGACGAUGCUCUCUGGAGGCAAUUGUUAGUGAAAGGAUCCAUCCGCUUUUUUGUUCACAGAGGCAGCUGGUUUCGGUCGUGUUGCUUUGAGAUGGAUAUUCGGUGUUGGAGAGAGGGCGGUUGGGAGAGGGAGGAAAUUGCAUUCAUAUUUGUGGUGCUGCAUCAACAUCCCUUUCGCCUGGAGGUACUCAAAGCAUACAUCUACAAUUCGCCUUGCGCUGAAUUGUGGCGCGAUUGCAAGAAAGGUUGCGACGACGCAGGAUCACGAGGCCGUGAGGGGUCUUCUUGCGAGGUUGUCCACGCAGCGGACAAUGGCUGCGAGGGAUAACGAUGGCUCUUCCAAGUCCUGUUUUGCAGGCUCUUCAAGUGGAAGUUCAAACAGAUUCCGGGGAAGAGGAAGAUCUGAAUCAUAUGAUGAGGAGAGGUCAGUAAAGCCUCGAUCGAGCCGCGAUGACUACCGAUAUUGGCUUAAUGCUCGUAGUAAUCCACCUAAAGACCACGAGAGAUUCAUUAUCGUGUCCUACAAUAUAUUGGCUGAUGUGAAUGCACGGGCACAUUGGGACGAAUUAUACUGGCAUAUACCACCUUUCAUUAUGGACUGGGAUGCACGCAAGAAGAAGCUUCUGCGGGAGCUUGCACUUUGGUCUCCAGAUAUCAUGUGCUUACAAGAAGUGGACCAUUACGAAGACCUCAAUGAAGAACUUGAGAGCAAGGGUUAUGUCGGGGUCUAUACAAGUCGAACUGGAGCAUCAACUGAUGGUUGUGCCAUGUUCUGGAGGAAAAAUAGGUUCGAGCUACUGGAGGAAGAGUGUAUUAAGUUCAAUGAAUUCAAUCUCCGAGACAAUGUCGCCCAGCUUUGUGUUCUAUGGACCAAAAGCAAGACUUCCGAGUGGCGUGACACGGAUGGCUCAGAAGGCUUAGACGAUGCAAAACCAACUAUUGGCUCACGUGAUCCUAAGAACAACUGCGUAGUUGUGGGAAAUACUCACCUGUUGUUUAAUCCCAAGCGCGGUGAUGUCAAGCUAGGUCAGGCUCGAGUGCUUUUAGAAAAAGCUCACGCUAUCUCUGAAAAGUGGGGAAAUGCGCCUGUGGCUAUAGCUGGUGAUUUCAACAGUACACCAUGGAGCGCUCUGUAUCGAUUCAUGUCAUGUUCACAGCUCGACCUGGCUGGUCAUGAUCGGCGUAAUAUUUCAGGACAAGAGGAGGGAGCUAAGGAGCGUUUUAAGACCAAUGCGUACUCUCGUGAAGUGUCCAAAUAUGAGAGGUUCGGCUCGGCUUGUGAGUCAUCACAAGGUGUCGAGAUAUCGGGUGAAGAAGAUUUAGUUUUGGGUACUGAGAGCAGCAUAGUGUCCAUAAAGACAAAUGACUCCAAGGAAUCCACAAUCAUCACACGAGAAACAAAUUUAACCACUGAAAUUACCGGCCAAAAGUUCAGUAAAGUAACUUCGACGCGAGUUUCUAUAGCAAAAAGUUUACCUCAUGCCAAAAGGGUGCGAGGCUGGGAUCAAUCUGAGUUGAUGGCAGCUACUGGCGCAAGCGACCUUUCUGUAGUUCAGCACAAAUUGGACUUACGAAGUGCAUACUCAGAGAUAGAGGGAAAGCCUGGCAGCAGGGAUGAAAGAGGGGAGCCGUUUGUUACAACUUUUCACAAGAAAUUUAGGGGCACUGUUGAUUACAUUUGGCAUACGGAUGAUCUAGUGACAGUGAGAGUCCUGGAUACUCUUCCCACUUCUGUACUACAACAUUGUAAAGGACUUCCUUCCAAGAAAUGGGGAAGCGAUCACUUGGCUUUGGCUUGCGAGUUCUGCUUUGCCCCAAACAGGAACAACUGCAGCAUCCAGAAGACCAAACGAGAGUCUGGACAGAAUUCUCUUUUUCGAAACUUUUGAAUUUGGAUGUCCAGAAGUGAGAUUUAGUCAGCAGAACUGCAAAAUUGUAGAUAGUUCUAUCAAAAUAUUUAUGAUAUCAAUGCGUAAACUUCGUCAUUUUGUAAUGAUAUUUGAAGUUAAGGUCACAAACUCUGCUGUAUUACAUGUUGCCUUCUUCCCAUAUGAGUUUUAUUCAAGAUUUUUGUUGCUCCAA